UAUCAUUGAAAAAUGAAAACAAUCGUUUGAAUCGUUGAUAAAAUGAACAAAAAAUUGAGAAAAUUCAAUUAAUUAAUGAGCAUAAAAGCUAUUUAACGAGAUUUUCACCCAGUUAGAAUGUGUAAAUAACAACGUAUAGUGUCUGCCGCGUAAUCCAACUCUACAUCAAACCAUUUUCCAUGUGACUGUAAAGUUGCCAAGUAUGGAUUUCGGAUGAUGGGCGCAGAAGGCGAAAUAAAGAACUGAUCCUCUUUGUCGCCAAGUCCACCGCCAAUGGUAAAUUGAAAAUGAAUUUCUAUUGAGAAUGGAGCAGAAAAUAAGAUUCCGAAAAUUCAUCUUAAUAUGCUUAUUUCUCGCUAUCUUUGGGAUCAUCUCUUUCGGAUAUUUUUGUCCCGAAAAUACCUGCGCAUCGUUUAGCGAAAAACCAAGGUUUUCUGCUCUGUCUUCCUCAAAUUACGACGAUGCGGAUAAGCGAAAUCAUCUUCGUACCAAUCUAAUCCCCGGUGAUGACGUCAAAUCAAAUUCUGUAUCUUUUAAAGCUUCGAGUUUAAGUUUCGACGAUAUUUUAAACGAUAAUUCUCGUUUCGACAUCAAUAGUCAUGAUGUGAUUGUGUUCCUGCAUAUACAGAAAACCGGAGGCACCUCCUUCGGUAGACACUUAGUGCAAGAUUUAGACUUACAAAGACCCUGUAACUGCCAGAGAAAACAUAAGCGCUGUUAUUGUUUCCGUCCGACUAAAAAUGAAAAUUGGCUGUUCAGCCGUUACUCCACCGGAUGGAAGUGUGGCUUACACGCUGAUUGGACUGAAUUAACUAAUUGUGUCGAUUCUGAAUUGGAUAAAAAUGAAGGAGAGUCGAAAAAACGAAGGUAUUUCUACAUUACCUUAAUCAGAGAACCAAUAAGAAGGUUUUUAUCUGAGUUCAAACAUGUUCAACGAGGAGCUACGUGGAAAAAUUCCAGACAUUGGUGUGGCGGAAGAAAUGCAACCGCUGAGGAGUUACCAAAAUGUUACGCUAAUGAUACUUGGAUUAAUGUUACGCUCGACGAGUUCCUCGCUUGCAAACAUAAUUUAGCAUUUAAUAGACAAACCAGAAUGAUGAGUGAUUUAUCAUUAGUGGGGUGUUAUAAUAGAUCUGCGAUGGUGGAUAAGGAAAGAAACAGAAUAAUGCUGCAAAGUGCUAAACAUAAUUUAGCUGUGAUGGCCUUUUUUUCUCUUACAGAGUAUCAAAAGGAAGGACAAUACUUGUUCGAAGAAAUAUUCAAUUUCAGAUUCGCUGUGCCAUUUACUCAAUACAAUGCUACACGAUCCAGUGGCUAUAUUUCUAAACUAAACGCCGAUCAAAUACGUAAAAUACGCGAAGCUAAUCAACUCGAUCUCGAAUUGUAUAAAUUCGCGAAGCAGUUAAUGUUUCAACGUUUCAAUAAAUUACGUUCGAAAGAUGCCAACUUCGCAGAACGUUGGAAACAUCUAGGUGAAUUGCAAGUUCAAUCGGCGUUCAAUUGGGACGAUGAAAUCGAGCCUGAUCUCGUUAGUGAACUUACGAACAAUACUUAAUUGUUUUAAAAUUGUAGCCGUUUUUUAAGGCAUGGUCUCAUAUUCGUAUUUAUGUUAUUUUUAAGCAGCUAUACUUCAGUGACUAAAGGCAGCUGAUAUUACUACUUACUAUGUUUAUUUUCAUGUACAUUAUUAUUAUUCGUCGUUAAAUAUUUCGAAAAGGUGAAGCGGAUAUCUUCGAAGGUAUUCUUAGUUGUGCCUUUUUGUUUUCUAGUUUCCCUAUUGUUCUCAUUUAUUUUUCAAUCAUUUUGAGAUAUUUUUCAAAAUACUCAUCUAGACUCUCGAAUAUGGCAGUUUUUCGAUUUACUUACGUAUUUUUUGUGCGUCAUUAUACUUAUUUUGUAGCCUUCGAAAAUUUUGAUUCUGCUUCCAUUUUUAUGUAAUUUUGAUGAAAUGUUUACGAAGUGCUUCGAGUUAUUUCCGAGAAAGUCUGAAUAAUUUUUUAACUAGUCUAGUCUUUUGUUCUAAGGCAUCUACUUUUUAUAUUGUACUUGUUUGUUUGUGUUUUCUUUUUUCAAUAAUAGUUCGUGUUUGAUGAUUUUCAUUUGUAGUUUUUCAAGUAAAAUCUGAAACAAGUCAAUUAAUGGCAGGGUGAUUUUUAACAAUUUUUCGCGUAAAGGGAAAAUGAUCUGAUAAUUUUUUUGCGCUGUAGAAUCGAUGAAAACUUCUUGUCAUCGUGUUUCCUACUAUAUUUCAUUCAUUGAACAUUUCUAUGAAGUUAUUCGGUUUGAAUGUCAUUUUAAUGCUACCUACCUUAUUACCUAGUACAAGUUGUUUGCGUAGAUGAAUUUCAUUGUUUUUAUAAAUUGUAAUGUAAUCAUUUUAAAGUAAAAUUGUAUUUUGAAUCAACAUCAAUAACUCACCUUGUGUAGUCUUACGCUCUUAUACAUAUUUAUUUAUAAUCGUGUUUGUACGAUUCAUCUUUUCAUAUUCGAACUUUUUUUUAAAAAAAAAUCUCUAUUAAUAAUCCAAAUAUACUUAUUUAGACGAA